AUGAGAUCGCAUCCGGAAUUAUGUACACAUUUUUGGCUCGAAGAGAUCAAAACAGCAACAGACAACUUUGACGAAAGUUCCAUCAUCGGCAGGGGAGAGUUCUUCGAUGUGCACAUAGGGAUCAUUGACGGUGUUGAUGCUGACGGCACCGCUACCACCAGCGCGGUGGCCAUCAAAAGGCUGAACCGUCCGUCGAACUCAGGUGUCCGCAAGUUCCUAGAAAAAAUCGAGAUGUUGUCAAAGAUAAAGCACCUCCACUUGGUAUCACUCAUCGGCUACUGCCACGAGAAUGGCGAGAUGAUAUUAGUUUACAAUUACGUGGCACAUGGCAGCUUACACGACCAUCUUUACAACUCGGAGAACUAUCAGUUGAAGUGGAAGCAACGCCUCCAAAUUUGCAUAGGCGCCGCCAUAGGAUUAAACUACCUUCACACUGGCAAUGAGUACCCAAUCAUGCAUCGCCACAUCAACUCCACAAACAUUAUGCUGGAUGAGAAAUUGGUGCCCAAGGUCUCUGUCGGGCCCACCACAGAGGAUUUCGAGAGGGAAACGUAUGGCGUGUACUACUUGGGCGUGGUGUUGUUCGAAGUGUUAUUCGCCAAGCCAGGUGAGCAAAUAAAUUUGGCCAAAUGGGCUAAGUUUUGUUACAGUAAAUGGACACUUGAACAACACAUAGAUUCUAACCUGCAUGGUCAAAUUGCCCCUGAAUGUUUGAGUAAAUUCGUCGAGACAGCCCUUGCAUGCGUAAGGGAAAGGGAAAGUGAGCGGCCGUCAAUGAUCGACGUCGUUCGGAGCCUAGAGAUGUCGAUGCAGCUGCAAGAAGCGACCGGCGGCAGAUCACCGAGGCCUGCAACUUCCUGUUUCUCGGAGUGAUGGGUAAAUCUUCAAUCUCAUUACCAAUCUUGAGCUGAAAAUCCACUGAAGAUCGCAGAGAUAAAAUAAAUUAGGGUUUGUAAAACGAAAAAUUGGAAUGAAGAAAAACAAUAUUUUUCAAAUAUAA